AUGGCGACUAUUUCUGUUCUCGACUUUGAGCCUGACGGUAGUCCUGUUCAGUUUGACACCUGGCUCAGUGACCUGCAGCUCUACCUUUUGACUAAUACCAAGGACGGAGCCUCUCUGCUAGACUAUGUCAAUGGCACUGCCCCUGCUCCCGCUGCUACUGCUCCUGCCUCUGAACGCGCUGAAUGGCAGACCCGCGAUGCCCUUGCCCGCCUAGCUAUUCGCAACCACCUGCCUAUCUCCGAGCGCGCACACUUCAACCAGCUUAAGACUGCUAAGGAACUGUUUGACGCAGUAGUUGCCCGCUAUUCCGCCCCAGCCACUGCCGCCGUUGGUAGCCUCAUCCUACCCUACCUUUUCCCCGACCUCGCCUCGUUUUCCACUGCUGCAGACCUCAUCUCUCACCUCCGCACUAGUGACGCUCGCUUUCGUGCCGCUCUCUCUGACGAGUUCCUCGCCGAGAACAAACCCCCCCUGUACUUUACCCUCUACAUCCUAGUCACCCGCCUUCCCGACACGCUCCGUUCCGUUAGGGACUACUUCCUCGCCAAAGACCCUCCCACCAUCACCCUAGAUGACUUCGAGCAGCAGCUAGUUGCAGCUGAGAAGAACAUUCUUGCUGUGAAUGCUGCUCGUGGCACUCCCCGCACUCCCCUCUUUGAGGGAUGCUCCCCCUCCCCUCUUACCCCCUCCUAUGCCUCUGCUGCUGCUGCUGUUGACCUUCUCGGCGCUGACAAGGUCAACGCCGCUUCUACUCUUGGUGGGAAGCGCGGCGGAGGCAAGGGUGGCAUGGGGGGCAGGGGUGGCGGAGGUGGCGGUGGAGGGGGCGGUGGUGGAGGCGGCGGGGGUGGCGGCGGUGGUGGGGGUGGCCGUGGGAGUGGAGGUGGUGGGUGGGGUGGUGGCAGGACCGGGGGCGGUGGUGGCGGCAACGGAGGUGGUGGGGGAGGAGGCAGCGGCACUGGUGGUGGAGGUGGGGGUGGAGGUGGAUCUGGCCAGAAGUGUGGCGCUGGUGGCGGCCAGCAGCAGCAGCAGCAGCAGCCACAGCAGCAGCAGCAGCGGCUCUGA